AUGGCCUCAAACACAUCAUCGCCCUCCAGAGCUGGCCCUGGCGGAGUGAGUGGGCUAGCUUCGUCAUUACGAUCGGCCGCAGGACGUUCAGACCCGGCUGCUGGAUCGGGACCUGCAUCCCAAGGGGCAACAACCAAUAACAAUAACUCUAAUAAUAAUCAAGGAUACUACAACGACAAUAAUAACAACAACAACAACAACAACAACAACAACAACAGUCAAUGGGGAGGAAACCAAUACCGUCACAAUGAUAGAGACGCGAGGGUGCCCGAUUCUGACGACAGUACCGAAGAGGAUGAAGAGUAUACUUCCUAUAUCCAGGACCAGGAGGCCGCAGCUCACAACAAUAACAGUAACGGUGGCGGUAACAAGGUCCACAACAUGCGGCAUAUGCUCCAUGACGACGACCAGGAUCAGGAUGACGACCGCCAUCACCAAGAUGACCAGCGGGAUAGCGCCGCCGCCGCCGCCGCCGCCGCCGAUGCUGCUAACCGCCAGGAGGUCCAAGCACGUCAGAACCAGAUCCUUGAAGACGAUGAGGAGAGCUUUGAAGAGGACGAGGAUGACAUGGACGACGAGGAUGAUGAUGAUGCAUCCGACACCAACUCGUUGACGGAGGACGAUAUCGAUUUCAAUCUCGUCUAUGCCUUCCAUACCUUUGUAGCCACCCAGGAAGGUCAGGCCUCGGUUGUUCGUAAUGACUCGUUGAUGCUGCUCGAGGACGCCAACGUCUACUGGUGGUUGGUUCGGGUUUUGAAGACGGGCGUUAUCGGAUAUAUCCCUGCCGAGAACAUUGAGACUCCGUUUGAACGUUUGGCGAGGCUGAACAAGUACCGCAACGUUGGACUCUCAGCCCCUUCACCCGAAUGGGGAACCUUUGACGAACCCAUUCAACCCCUGAACGCCGAAGCUGUAGCACACAAGGCCAGCCAUCGCCGGUCCGUCAUCUUCACAGGCCAGAACGAGUACUUUGGAGCCAGCGACAAUGAAUGGGAUGAUGAGGAUGGCGAGGGCGACGAGGAUGAUGAGAUGGGCGAGUACUAUGAGAGCCGUGAGGAGGGCGAGGAAGGUGAUGCUGAAGAUGGAGAGGGUGGGAAAUCGGAUAUUCAGUUGGAGGCUGAGCGUGUUCAGCAGGAGAUUCUGGAGGAGGAGAAUCAGAGACUGCAGCAGCAGCAGCAGCAACAACAACAACAGCAGCAGCAGGGCGGUCAGAAGCCAAGGAAGAGCAGCUUCGCGAUGGAUAAUUCUGACCAGGAGAUGGUGGGUAAUGACGAGGACGAGGAGGUAGAGGUUACAAACAAGUACCGCCGGCCGCUGUUGGACGAUGACGAUCUGAUGUUUAACGAUGAGCCCCGCAAGAUUUCGUUGACACCCUCGAUUGCACAGGAUGAUGUGAGCAGAGCCCUUACUCCAACAGGCAGGGGUAAGAAAUUGCGUCUGGGCGAUGAGGAUUCGUUGAACGGAAGCCCUAGAUCUAUCGGUUCUCCUGGGCAGCGUGGAAGCAAUGGCGAGGUCUCUGCAUCGCCCCUGACGCCUCGCCAGCAGGCGAAUGGAACUGGAGAUGAUGCUUCUUCGAACAGUGACCGCCGGUCAGGAAGCCUUGAGUCUGAAGAAGAGGAUCGAGCGGCGGCGCAGAAGCGGAUGCAGGAACGCACAGAGGCCAAGUUGGCUGCUCUUCUUGGCGACAAGGAGUCAGCCCCCAGCAAGGGAGGAAGUACCACUACUAGUGACUCUUCAGAGUCGACCAGGAAGCCUGGAAAGUUCAAGAGUCUCUUUGGAGUCGGCAAGGGAUCCAAGGACAAGGAGAAGAAGGAGAAGGAAAGACUCGAGAGAGAACGUCUUGCUGGACUCGGUAAUAAGUCCACACCUGUGGCGUCGUCGCCAGGCGGUAACAGCUUUUCCAACAGUGCUGAUGGACAGAGGGCACGUACCAAUUCGAGCGGAUCGAUUGGAUCACCAGGUGGUCCAGGAUCUGGUCCCCACAACGCCAACGGACCAAUGUCGCCUACGAGCGUCUCUGAGGAUGGCGAUUCACCAGAGAUCAUUACUCUGCGCGUGUACCCGGGCAACGUUGAUUUUGGCGCGUCGAUGUACAAGACUGUCGUUGUCAACGCUUCUACUAUGGCAUCCGAGGUUGCUAACCAGGCCGUUGUCAAGUUCCGUCUAGCACCCGAUGGUGUUGCUUCAAGCAGUGAUUUCUUCAUCACCGUUCGUGGCGUCGACGGAGACGAGACGGUGCUGUUGCCGACGGACAAGCCGAUGGCGAUCUACCAAUCUCUCACAGCUCACUUGACGACCCCGUUGCCUGCAAACCAUCGCCUUUCAAUCUCCUCUGUCUCCUCUAUGAUGUCUGUCAACUCUGUCAGCUCCUACAACUCCAACCCACCCUCGACACCCACCAGCCCCAGUUCUGUCCGUCGCAUCGGAUCAGGAAAAUCUGAUCCACACCAGCGAUCCAUUCGCUUCCUUCUCAACAAAAAGAUCAAGCGUGGAUCCGUUUCUUCAACACCCGGUACUCCCACAACACCAACUACACCCACAGCGCCGUCGCAAGAAGACUUUUUCUGGGUUAAGGUUGUUUGCAAGGCCCAGGAGUUGCCCCAGUCGAUGGUCGUGAUUGAUGGGAUGAGGACUGCUAUGAACAGGAGUGAUCCUCGUGCCCAGGGUCAGGUUUUUGCCAACAAGGUCGAGCACUGGAUCCCCAUGCACUCUGCUUCCAAAGCUGGCGAUGUUAUCUUCAAGACCCUGGAGACCAUCGGCAUUCGCUCGGGUGUGGUUGAGGGUGUGCCCAAUCAUGUCAUUGUCUCCAAGCGCAACUCUGCUCCCAAUGGCAUUGUGAUUGAGUACCAGCUCAUUCUAAAGUUGGACACCCCUGUGUCGCCAAGAGCAAGACAAGGGGAUGAGCUGACUUUGGUCCCCCAGACACCUCUCAUUCGCUGCUUUGACGAUCAUCAGCUCGCACCGGUCCGUCGCUCCCCCAAGGCUGAUGUUGCGUCGAUGCCCACCAACCCAGAGUAUUUCUUUUACCUCAAGAAGUCGCCCAAGAGUGUUCAGGAAGAGACCAAAUUUGCUCAGCAACAACCACAACAACAGCAACAACAGCAACAACAGCAACAACCCAGGAAAGUCCCAGCACCAUUGCAGGCUCAGUCGCUUUUUGGUGCUUCAUCCUCUGUCAACGAGUCGCCUCGGAGCCCGGCCCAGCCCAGUCCUACGACCAGCGUCACCAGCCCUCGGUCACUUCGCUCGCUUCGUAGCUUUGAUGAUGGUUCGGCUGGUGGCCAAGGAGCGGCCCUUAUCAACAAUGGUCCACUGUCACCUGGCCGGCCUCCUGGCAGCGCUCGCACCGCUUCACCUUCUCAGGGCCCUGAUGGCAACAUCCGCAUCCCUCGUCGUACAGAUUCUGUCAUCCUGACGCCCACCAGUCCUAUUCGUUCCACUCACCCUGAAGGAGGAGCUGGGUCUCGAACACCCACACCCGAUCAUAGCGGAGUGAUGGGCAGGAACCGCUCGCCUAGUGUCAGCCAGGGUAUGCGUCCUGGCCAAGCUCCUUCACCUGUUUCCAACGGUGGAGUCGUGGAGAAAGACAGCUCUCGGGCUUCUACACCUGAGAGACCUGCUCGUCCUGAGAGACCCGAUCGUCCACAGCGCGCUAUUGCUCAGCCUUUGACUCAUGGACCAUCACCGCUCUCGUUGACGGCUGUCAUGCUCCAGGCCAAUGAGCAGGGCAACCACAUGGAUUCAGGAAGAGGAGGGUCGAUGGUUGCAGCGCCGCUGAACAUCAAGAAGAACGAGGCACAAGGAAUGGACUUCUACCUGGACAAGGGCGUCGUCCGGUCAUCGCGGUUGAUGAACUCGAAGCAGUACCGGUACUCGUUCAUCCCUACCGAGACGGGCGAGGAGGUGGAUAUUUCCGACAUUAUUGAAGAUAUCCUGGGUGAGGAGGCGUAUGCGGAUAACGAGCCUGCUGUUAUCGCGGCCAAGGAGGAUGUCCUUCAACACCUUGCUGUUGCGGCGAAUAGCAGUGAUGUCGAGUCGGUCUCGAGACGCGAUCGAACUGCUGCUGCUGUUGCGCGUGCUGCCAACGCUGCUGCCUCCCGGAAGGAGCGUGCAGCUGCCAAUAACCGGGACGAGGUGAUUUCUUCUGCCACCCGGAGUCGUGUCGCUUCCCCUGUCGCGAUGAGAUCAACCAUGGACGAGCAACAGCAAUAUUCCAGAGAAGGAUCGCCCUCGCCAACUCAGUCACGCCAAGCAGCCGCAAUGAUGGCUCAGAACCAAAACCAGACCCUGGCUUCACCACUGCUUCUAUCUUCGCCCUCACCGACGAUGCGGAGCAAGAAGCGGGAGAGCGAUGUCGAGAUCCAAGUGGCUUCUGUUGCCUCCUUGAGCACUCGAUCUGCAUCCCCCAUGCUGACAGAACAGCCUCCUUCUUCUCGAGGUUCGGAUUCUCCACGGUCGCUUCGGUCAGGCUCUCCUUAUGGUAUGGCCAAACCUACGCUGAUCUCGAAUGCCAACGCCGUCAGAGCUGGAGGUGUGGCGGCCCAUUCCCCGUUGAUGGAUGGUGGUAAUGACGUCCAGGCUCAGGAUCCUUCUGCGCGGUCGUUCUCGCCCAUCCCACGGCGGUUGCAAUCACCUUCACCUGCUUUGAGACAGGCUGGCUCAACGCCUUCGCUUACUUCUGGAUCACCCAACCUCCGUCCCAGCUCCCCCUCGUCCUCUCCUAACGGCGGUCGUGUCAGUCCAGCAGCAUCAACAGCAGCGAACGGCCGCUCCAAUUCGGGGGCUUCGAACUCUUCUGUCACCUCUUCACGGAACCGAUCCGCAAGCGCUAGUGUUGUUGCCGACUCCAAAGGUCUGGCCCACAGCAACAGCAACAGCAGCAACCACUCUGAACGAGUUGGAACUCCUUCCUCCCCCGGAGGUAACAAGGAGUGGCUGCUGUCGUCGGAUUAUAACACGGGCAUGCAGGAUCUGUUGACGUUGGUCCGUGCGGGACGAUCCAGCUCUGUCAGCUCCCCCAGUAAUUCGUCGAUGCAUCUUUUGAGAGGUGUUGGAGGCGUUGGAGCAGGUGGAGCAGGACCUUGGAUCGGAAAGGAUGGCAAACUGAUCGCGUUGCCUUCCACGAUCAAGGCAUCCUUGCUGAGCAACAGUAACAGCAGGUCUCAAUCACCUUCAUCCCCUUCGUCCGAGAAUGGGGGGGAUUCAAUGUUGCGCGGCAAGAACAGUUCCAGCAGCCUCAACAAUACCAGGAACAACAACAACAACAGGAACACAACAAGUAAUGACAAUAACGACAAAUCAAGUGGAGGAGGAGGUGAGAAGAGUGUGGAGCAGACGAGGAUGAUGCUUUUGAUGUUGAACGAAUUGACGUUGAAGGAUGUCCAACAGGAAUGUCAUCCGGAUGUGUAUGACUGCUGGAAGGAUGUUGAUGCCGACCUUGAUCGUGUCGAGCGGGAACUUGACGAUCUUUUGGUAACGGUUAAGGCCUCAAUAUUCUAA